AUGAGUUCUGGAAGUAAUUCAUUAGAAAAUGCAAAAUUGGGUGACGAGAAGAAGCUCUCUAGUUCCAUGAGGUUUGUGCCUUUUGGCAGCCUUCUCAAAACCUGGACCGAAGUCUCUAGGAUUAAUUACAUGUCCGCCUUGGCCUUGGAUGACAUGUCUCGAGAUCAAAGAUUCAAAAGUUUUUCUUUGCCAUUAAAGAAAAUAUCCAUUCCGCUGUUUGAUCCUUCCAAGUUUCAGAAUAAAGAUGAAGAAAGUGAACUAAUUGAACAGUUUCCAAUAAACGUCACACCGCUCAUGAACGAACACCAGCUAUGGGGUUGUUUCUACAAUUUUCCCGAACUGUACGAGGACGUGUACUCCCCAAUAGUACAUAUAAGGAAUGUGAGCGAUAUCCCGGAUAUUGAAGGUGGCGUACUCACAAGGGACCUAGUUAGCACAUGCCUCAGUUAUUUGAAGCGAUCUCCGAUUUUAGGCGACUACGUGUAUAUUAAAUUGGAUUUAUCGUCCAAGUAUCUUCACAACAUUGAUGUCCUUAAAAAUUACAAAUAUUUGGUAUAUUUGGAUCUUUCAUCAAAUUUACUGGAUGAUUUGAGCGUUCUUUCAUAUCUACUAUAUAUUCAGUUUCUCAAUGUAUCAUUUAAUAGCUUUCGAACAGUUUUGGAUUAUGAUACACCUCAAUGGUUUUUAACAGAGGUUCACUAUAGAUAUAAUUCAGUAACUAAAAUACGCGAUUUGAGUGCAUUUUGGUCGAUCACUGUGAUUGACUUAUCGCAUAAUAAUAUUAAAUCAAUAAAUGGAUUGGAUACAUUGAGAUAUUUGCGUCGUCUGGAUCUUUCCUUUAAUCACAUACAACGAUUUGAGAAUCUAAAUCAUUUGCGAUUAUUAUGGCUCGACUUGUCCUAUAAUAACAUAUCGGAUUUCGAGUUUGGCGACGACGUUGGAUUGUGGACACUUCUUCAUCUCGAAUAUUUAAAUUUGAACGAGAAUAAUUUAACAUCCAUGAAGAUAUUUUCAGGCUGCUCCAGAUUUCGCGAAUUACACAUACGGAAUAACAGAUUAGGCUCGUUAUUGGAACUGGCAGUGUACAUGAGCAAGCUGCGACGUCUUACCGUCCUGGAUUUUAGAUCCAACCCUAUGUGUUCAGUCCCAGGAUAUAAGGAUGUAGUUAUCAAUACUUUUCCUCUCUUACUCUGCUUAGACGACAUUGAUCUGGAUCCUGUUGAACAGCGAACAUUCAAAAUGAAUAUGAAGCCAGAUAUCUUUAUGUUUGCUUCCCGUCGUCUCUUACGAUUGAUGUACAUCGAGCAAAUGUCUCGCGCGCGCGUUUCACCCUACAACCCGCCUGCCGAUACUACUGACGUGCCUAUUAUCGUUUUUGUGGGCUACGAAGCUGUUGGAAAAGGACGAUCCGGUUUCAGAUAUAGCUUGAAGAUUCGAACAUGUUUGGCAUCUCGCCGAAUAGUGACCUUCGACGAAAUGUUGCUUGAUGGUGAAUUCCUCACCUAUAGCGAAAUGGACAGUGAAUCGUAUGGGCUAAGUCGUUCAGAAGCAUUCGUGAAGGAUGGAAAGGUGAAGAUUGUUACAAUGGAUCUACUUGGUGCUCUUAUGCUGAAACUACGAGGUCGACAGCCCUACUUGAUAUUAACGACUUGUUCCGAUAAACGAGCACUCGCAACCAGGCAACAAGAACGUAAAAUUGCAAGGGAUUUAUCAAACGAAGAAAAAAUGUGCGCCCAAUCGCUAAUGGAGAUAUCUACAUUACAAGUUUUACUAUCCGGUAGAAUAAUUAUUAACGGCAUUUUGAAUGAAAUUCUUCAGGCAAUACCCGAAGAUAAAAGCCAAAGCGAAUUCAUAAUGGAGUCCGAAUGUUCGCUCUUAAUGGAAAGCGAGUCGCGAAAACCACGUAAAUAUAUUAAGAAUGUCAAUAGACUGACAAUGUUGACUCCUAGCUCAUCUCUCGGGGAUGUUUGCAAGAGCGAUCGUGACAAAAACAGCAGUCAAGUUGACUCCAGUCUUUAUUCCUUGUAUAAGGAAACUCAACCUAUGGAUGAAUACACGAGCACUGUGUAUGGUCAUGCGUCGUCCGUGGAUCGGGGGCGAGCUAAAACAAGAUACAGCCGUUAUUCUAGCAGACCAAAAAGUUUUGAUACCAAACAAACAUCUUUGAAAGUGGGUAGCAGAAAAUCUUCAAAAUCUGUUGCUUUUACAUCUCCAGAAAAUACUGAUUUAGCGACUGAAGAAUCUGAUCCAUCUGGACUUUACAUUGAACCAGUGCCACAAAAGGAAAACAAGGUGCCAAGACAUGAAAGUAAACUAGAUGAUCCCGACUUUUUUAAAAUGCAAUUGGAUACUUUAAAGGAGCUGCCUUCGGGAACUUUUACGACGACUAUCAAAGACGACUAUGAUGAAAUACAUCGUACUUGCCCUGGUCUAUUUUGGGACACAGUUACUAUGGAUAAUCCUGACAAAGCAUUCAAAAAAAUGAAGAAAAUAAUACAAAACAUUGUAAACUCACAGAAGAAUUUAAAACCUAUGUUUGACGUUGACUUUACUAGCCCAAAGUAUUUGCCCGCUAUAAAGGACAAACUUGCUACAAUCGUAACUCAGAUAGCUCCACAAAGGCUCUUCUAUUAAAUAAAUACAAUU